AAAAGGUCAACCCUGUUUACAUUUUCAUCAAAAUAAAUAAAAUCGAUAUUCUUUCGGAUGGAAUUAUCAUCAUCAUCAUCACAAUCCAAGCGCUGAAACUGAUUCAUAAGGGAACGACCCUCCCCACAAUCAUAUCUAUCUUGGGUUGACGUUAAUUCUCAUUAAAACCCUGCUAGCAAUCAUUAUUUCUGCCCCUUUUUAACGUAUUUUCUCCAGGAGGUGAAAAAGAGUUGAGCUUUAUUGGUUCUUGAUUUAUGGGUAUUUGUUCGGAUGUUAGUGGAUAUCUUUAGAGGCUUCGAUACGAUUCUAGCAAGAAAGUUGUUGAAUUUGGGGGGAUUUGAUUGACUUUUUGGAUUCAUUGUAUGUUGUGUAGAAGCUCAAAGGGGAUGAUAGAAUUGAAGGGAGGCUUGUAAGGACUAUUAUUUUAGUAUAUGUUGUUGGGUGUUGAGAAGAGGGGUUUGUGAUUGUGUUGACGUAGUGAAGUUUUGUGCGGAUUUGGGUGCUGUGUUGGAAAAUUUUUGAGUUAACGAUGGAUGAAGGUCAAGGUAGUUCCAAUGCACUUCCUCCAUUCAUUGCAAAGACAUACGAAAUGGUAGAUGAUGUCUCAUCGGAUAGUAUUGUCUCAUGGAGUGAAAAUGAUAAAAGCUUUAUUGUUUGGAAUCCGCCAGAAUUUGCAAGGGUUUUGUUGCCUAAAUUCUUCAAGCACAAUAACUUCUCCAGCUUUAUCAGGCAGCUGAAUACAUAUGGCUUUAGGAAAGUUGAUCCGGAACAAUGGGAAUUUGCUAAUGAAGAUUUUUUAAAAGGUCAACCGCACCUUUUGAAGAACAUUCACAGACGCAAGCCUGUUCACAGUCAUUCAAUUCAGAAUCACCAUGGACAAGGAACUUCCUCGUCUCAGUUAACUGAUUCAGAAAGACAGGGAUACAAGGAAGACAUCGAAAGAUUGCGAUUUGAAAAAGAUUCAUUAUACCUCGAGUUUCAAAGACAUAAUCAGGAAAGCCAGCAAUUCGAAUCGCAUAUGAAGCUUUUAAUGGUGCGUCUGCAACAUGUGGAACAUCGCCAUAAAGAUAUGCUAACGUCUUUGGCUCAAACCUUGAAAAAACCAAUGCCUGCCUCAAGCGUCAUGCCACAGUUGGAAGAGAUACAUUACAGAAAAAGAAGGUUGCCGAGGAAAAUUUCUUUUCAGGAUGAUGGAAGCUCUGAAGAUGAUCAGGCAAGUGCUUCUCAAGGUUUUACUAAUGAAUCUUUGAAUGCUAACCGGCAGUCAUCAUUUAACAAGGACUUGUUGGAGCAAUUGGAAUCCUCUUUGUCAUUUUGGGAGGAUAUUGUGCACGAGGCUGCCUUGGCUAAUGUACCAGGAAAUUUAUCUCUAGAUUUGGAUCAAUCUACAAGCAUUGCGGACAGUGCAGCUGUUUGUGACCCACAGAGAAAUGUUGAACUUGGGUUCAGAUCUUCUGGAAUUGAUAUGAACUCCGAGCCAACUAGUGCCGUUGUUAGAGAGGUACCAGCCUUGAAAGAACAAGCGAUUACUAGCCUUCCUAAUGUGCCAGCUGGUGCCAAUGAUGUGUUUUGGGAACAAUUUCUGACUGAGAAUCCUGGGUCCACUGACGGUUCAGAAGCCCAGUCUGAACGAAAAGAUCUCGAUACCAGAAAGAAUGAAAGCAAACCAGCCGAGCAAGGGAAGUUUUGGUGGAGUAUGGGGAGUGUAAAUAAUCACACAGAACAGCUAGAAACAGCCUAGUUGAGCAAUGAGAACUUUGUUACAUUUAGUUAUAUGUCUACUAUCUAGAUACUGUUCUUGUUGUUGAUACACACCAGUUGCUUGUAUAUGAACAGAUAUCUCGACCAGAAAAUGAUUAGAUAUUUAGUUUGUGAUUGC